AAAGAACAAUGAAGUCGCAGAAAGCUAGAUCGGUGGAGGAGAAAUACACUCAAUGGAAGUCUCUGGUGCCUGUCCUUUACGAUUGGCUCGCUAAUCACAACCUCGUUUGGCCUUCUCUCUCUUGCCGGUGGGGGCCGCAAUUAGAGCAAGCUACCUACAAGAAUCGUCAGCGUCUUUACCUUUCAGAACAGACUGAUGGAAGUGUUCCAAACACACUUGUGAUAGCCAACUGUGAGGUCGUUAAACCUAGGGUUGCUGCUGCUGAACACAUAGCUCAGUUCAAUGAAGAAGCACGUUCUCCCUUUGUGAAGAAAUAUAAAACUAUUAUACACCCUGGAGAGGUGAACAGAAUCAGAGAACUUCCACAGGACAGCAAGAUAAUUGCGACACACACUGAUAGUCCUGAUGUCCUCAUUUGGGAUGUAGAGGCUCAACCUAAUCGCCAUGCUGUGCUGGGAGCUUCUGAUUCUUGUCCAGAUCUGAUAUUGACUGGACAUCAAGAAAAUGCUGAGUUUGCUCUUGCUAUGUGCCCAACUGAACCCUUUGUCCUAUCUGGAGGCAAGGACAAGUUAGUGGUUUUAUGGAGCAUUCAUGAUCAUAUCUCUACUCUGGCAAAGGAGCAAGGGCCCACAAAGUCUGCAGGAUCUACUAGCACAAGUACAAAACAUGCCUCUAAGGGUGUUAAUGGCCCUUCCAUUGAGGCACGAGGUAUCUACCAAGGCCAUGAGGAUACUGUUGAAGAUGUACAUUUCUGCCCAUCAAGUUCUCAGGAAUUCUGCAGUGUUGGUGAUGAUUCUUGUCUUAUACUAUGGGAUUCAAGAGCUGGCUCCACUCCAGCAAUCAAGGUUGAGAAAGCUCAUAAUGCUGAUAUUCAUUGCGUUGAUUGGAAUCGUCAUGAUAUAAAUCUCAUUUUGACUGGGUCUGCUGAUAAUACUAUUCACAUGUUUGACCGCCGAAACCUCUCCUCUGGUGGAGUUGGAUCACCGGUUCAUAAAUUUGUGGGUCACAGUGCUGCUGUCUUGUGUGUUCAGUGGUCCCCAGACAAGUCAUCUGUCUUUGGAAGUUCUGCCGAGGAUGGAAUCUUAAACAUCUGGGAUCAUGAAAGGAUUGCGAAAAAGCAAGAAACUGCUGGAUUGAAGGCACCAAAUGCUCCUCCUGGAUUGUUCUUUCAACAUGCAGGGCAUAGAGACAAGGUUGUGGACUUCCAUUGGAAUACAUCUGAUCCAUGGACAAUUGUCAGCGUGUCAGAUGAUUGUGAAAGCACUAAUGGUGGUGGUACUCUACAGAUAUGGCGGAUGAUCGAUCUGAUUUAUCGUCCGGUCGAUGAAGUCCUGUCCGAGCUAGAUAAGUUUAAAUCACACAUUCUGGCAUGUGAAAAAAAUUAGAGAAAAUGCUUAAUUGUUGUAUGUUGGAGUUGUAAGUUUGUUGAAGCUAAGAUUUGUUGUUUUAGGACUAUCCUUUCUCAUGCGCGUAAUUGUAGAGAAGAAAAUUGUGGUACGAA